UGAGAAAGAGAGAGUGUAAAUCGAUUUUAGGUGCAUUAAGAGCUUCAAAUUGGUUGUUCAUGGUGGUUGGGGUAUUGAUGGCAAUGGCAAUCUUGUAAAUACUUCAAGAUGAUGAGGUUGAGAGAGUAAAAAAGUCAUUUUCGAAAAAAUAAAUAAAAAUUAAUGGGAUUUUCGUAAAUAAUGUGAACAUGUGGGGGUGAAUAGAGCAAAACAAAACUAAAAAAGAAGGAGAUGUUAGUUUUGUGUUUGACUUUAUGUUUUGAGUCAAAUCUGCAAAAAACCCUUUUUAGUUUUUAAAUUUGCAGUUUCAAAGAUUCAUAAACACAUAAACGUAAAUAUACUACAUAUUAUAGAUUUUUUUAUUUUACUAAACUUAAUAUUUCAAUUUAAAUUUAUUUGUAUUUAAUCAAUUUUGUGGAUAAGAAUUGUAAAAACAAACGCAAAGAAUGAUGAUAACAAAUUUAAAGUAAAACAUGUGAGAAUCUUCAGAAAAUCACAUUCUUACGCUCAAUUUAUAUUUUAAUUCCGUUGUUGUGUAACAAUGCCUAUUGUGAAUUGUGUUUCUUUUAAUUUGUUUUAAACCCUAAAAUCAAUACGGAGGAUUUAUAGCAAUUUUUUUCUAUAUGUUUUAAUUAAACAUACCAUUAAUAUUAUUUUUAGUUUAAAUAAAAUUGAACUAUCUAUAAAUUAUAUAAAAAAAAUAGUUAAGUUUUUAAAUACUAUAUCAUUUCAAAUUAAUAUCUAGGUUUAUAUAAUUUACAUAAUUUCCAAAUUAAAAAUAAAUAUAUUUAGUGUGUUUUUCUUGAGUCUAUUUGAGAUUGCUUCUUGCCAAAUAGUGACAAGAAAGAUGAUGUCUCGUAAAAGACAAGACGUUAAAAAUAAAUAAAAAAUAUUCAGGACGUUCGAACCCUCGCCCUCGCCCUCGUGAGCCAAGAUUCUACUCUCAACAAAACUCGCCACUGCCUCUCAGAAGAAGAAAAAUAAAAGUAGACAAUUCCUUUGCAGUGCUUUCAAUCUUUCCUUUAAUCUUCACUUGCGUGGGUUUGAUAUUCUUCUGAAGAAAAGCAAUCAGCAAUCAUCGUCCUCACUGCAGAGCAAAUCGAAUCCGAUGUCAACGCCCUCCUUUCGUCGAAGCGGACAAUUAUAAGAAGAGGAAGAAGAAGUGCAUCUUAGAUCGAAGAUGGAUCCGGAGCAGACGUUUAUCAGGGUUCAGGAGAGGUUCUCACAAAUCUUAAAGCCUAGGGUUAGGGCUUUCCUUGAGUAUUCGUUUAUCUUCGUUGCCAUCACUUUGUUCUGCAUCCUCGUUGUUAUGCACGCCAAUUAUGUUCAGCAGGCACUCAAUUCACGCUGAUUCUGACAAAAUCGUGAUUAAGUUCAAUGGCUUGAGAGAAGAACUCAAGAAUUUGAGCCGACAUAUCUAUAUACUAUGGAAAAUGGCUACUUUUUGCUGCCUGAUGAAGCAAAGUCAUGGCAUAACAUUCGCACUGCAAAUGUAAGCAUAUCAGCACGACAUCCCUGCUUUGGCAACAUAUGGCAACAACUUACUAUAAACAGAGUUGUAGGAUAUGAUACAAUUAUAAUGAAUAGCUUACAAAACUCUGCUGGUCAAGGUUAUCUAUACAAUUUCCAAACAAGAGAGUUUUACAAUCUUAGUUACUCCCAAGAACUUUUUGAAGGAUCUUCGUAAUUUGGAGAUUACUUUGUGACGAAAUGUGGUGUGCUUAUGAUGUCACUUUUUGUGUUUUUCACAACCACAAUGUCUGUCUCAUUCACUUUGCGAGAGACACACACUCGUAUGUUGAAGUUCACUGGUUUGUCUUUAUUCUGUUUCAGUAGCCGACCCAUCUUUGCUUCUCAACAAUCAUCUUUGUUUGGAUAUAAAUUUUUUUUUAGUGCAGCUUCAACACCAUGCUCAGCAUCGGUUACCAACAUUUCAGUUGAUCUUUGUGCACGUGAUUGAAUCCCUUGUAUUUGUACCGGUAUGCACACACAUCUGUAACGGCCCGGUUCCUGGCCCAAAAAUUCUCAUAAAAGAUUGGGCUUCUCUACGGCCCAUAUGGCAAAGACAUAGGGUUUCCCUUCACCUUUUCUAUAAAAAGAGAUGCAGCCUCCCUUUUGCCUCAUACAAAAACUUAACCGAAGCUCUGCAGAGAAUUCCCGGAGACCAGAAACCCUAGCCGUCGAGCUCUCUCUUUCUCUCUUGCGGCGUCUCUCUCUCUCUCUCCCGCGCGACGCUCUCUCUCUCCUUGCCGUCGCUCUCUCUCCUCGCCGUCACACGCUCUCUCUCUCCUCGCCGGCGCCGUGUGGUGGUGGUGGUGACCAGAUCCCAAUAUCCUCUCCCUUGUCUCAUGUUUCCAGAUCCGGAUCCAGAUCUAGGCUAAGGUGGAGUGUCUUGAACCCAUCUUGUUCUCAUGCAUUGUAUACUCCUUUAUGUUGGAGUUAGGGUUGUUUAGACCCUGUUUGAAAGCUAGGAUGAUAGAACAUGAUUAUUGCUAGGAUGUUAGAUGAAUGGAUCACGAUGCAUAAGAACCCUCAUAUUGUUAAAUGGGACUUAGUAAACUGAAAUGGAGUUGUGGUAGUGAUGAUUGAUUGGUGAUUUAUGCUUGUAUGUUUGGAUGUGUAGUCCCAUGAGUGGUUAGUGAUUAAAGUUAGGAUGCUAGAGAGAAAUGAAUGCUAAGCUGAUAGAUGAGUAAGGAUUGUUAAAGUUAUUGAAGUAGAACUUGAGUGCGAUGUGUAUUGUGUGUGACACCGAUAACGGGUGGCGUCUAGUGAAUGAGUCCAAGUACAAGUCUAAAUGAAAAGGAAAGUGAAUGAGAAUGGGAAGGGAUAAGUGGAAAUGAUAAGGAUGAAAAAGGAUAAGUGAAAAUAUGAAAGAAUAAUGUUACGGUUAAGCAUGGGUGGGAAAGCAUAUAGAGUCUAAGGAAAGUAUGUGUGGCAGUAGUUCUCGCUAGGUAUCCAUAGGAGAUGUGGCGAAUCCACAAGAAUAUGGAAGCACCCAUAGGAGAUGUGGCGAAUCCACAUGAAUAUGGGGUAGAAGCCUACUGGCAGCUACCCACUAUGAUAAGAAACGAAGUGCCAACCGCGAGAGGCGGGAUAUAAAAACGUGCAUCAUGGUUGGGUAACGGGGUGUUAAAGGUGUCUUAGGAUUGAGUCGGUCUGGUAAGACGAGUCGGUUAAGUCUAAGGUUUAACGUGUGUGGCAAUGAGUGAGAUCAUUGUAUUGAUUGAUCACUAGGUUGCUAGAAAUGUAUGGAAUUGAAUGUUUGGAAAUAAUGAUGAUGAUAUGAAAUGUUAAGAUGCAUUAACUGAUUGUAGUGGCUAGUCAGCCCUAGUUCCCGCAUAGAGUAGUAUAGAGUGUCAUGCGGGCAGGCUGGUCUAGAGUCACUUCACUGAGUAACUUGUUGCUCAUUCCUCCAUUUCCAUUUCCCUGUGCGCAGGACUGUAAGUAGAAGUAUAUGGAUGUGGGUGUGACGGUAUUUCAAAGAAGGUUAUGCGACCGUCAACUCUUGGGUCAAUAACAGGACACAUAGAGUUGUCUAAAUGAGUAGACACAUGUCCAUAACGCCCUUUCGAUAACUCCGGUGGGACUCCGGGGGAUCGGGCUGUUACAAUUGGUAUCAGAGCGGGUUAAGAUCCCUUAGUUCUGUCCUAAGGGAUCAGCAUUUCCGACGUUUAAAAAAAAAAAAAACUUGUUUUCAUUAAAAGAAAAAAGUUUGUGAAAGUUUUGAUUCUCCUAAAAGUUCUGAAAACGAUUUCAAAACCACCCACUAUAUCUAUACUUCUAGUAUGGUUCUGAUCGGAUGUCUACUUGAAGGAUGUCUUCGACAAUCAGUAACGACCAGACUGACAAUUACGGGUACCGUAGACCUGCAUGGUGGAACCCGAUGUACACUCGGACUCAGCGCACCAUAAAAGGAAAGGUGGUACCCUACCGGUGACGCCCAUUGACGAAGUUUCAUCGCCAGACACAUGAGUUGGAGACACAUGAGUUGGAGUGGUUGGAGAAAAGCCAGAGAUGGAAACCCGACUAAUGUAACUACCGAGAACGUGAAGGUUGUGGCGGAUAUCAUAGGUUUGGAGGAACAUUAGAGGUGCAGUGAAAUAAGUUGAGGUCAUAAGUCAAUGAAGGUAUUUCCCGAGGAAGGACAUAUAUCUAAUGGAGGGCUAGUUUUAGGAUAUCCGCCAGAGAGACAUGAAUGUAAGGGAAUACAAUAAGGAUGUAACCCCCUGAGGAGAUUUUUCGGGCACCCUCUAAGGGGGCGAGAACUGAUUCACCACUUCCUGAAGGAAAUGAGAACCGAUCUGAAGAAUUGGUGUGACGUGCAAGAUUACUGGGAUCAUUAGCUAAUCUAGAAGGGUGCAGAGUUAUAGUUUUGGUUGUAAGAAGAUCAUAGGCUAACUAAGCAUUACAUACUCAGAGCCCAAGGGGAACUUGCGACAUCGCCAUUACCACAAGGCGGUUUCGUUGUGACAAGAGCGGAAGUGCGAGAAGAACCACACUAGGAUAUAAUGGAUGGGAGCAUACUACGAGUACAACCAGUAGGGCUAUGAUAGGAGGUUCGUUCAUCAAGGAAAAAAUGGUCAGACCGAAGGACGAGGAUAUGUUCGGUGCGGAGUAGCUAAACACCAAGUCGGGGCUGCUGGACUCAACUAGUAGGAUCCACGGUUGAAGUGUUAUCCUAACUACCGGUUCCCGCAAGGGCAACAUCAAUUGGGGCUACCUGGGUUAGGACCGAGGGAGUAUAGAGAAUGAUGACCAUGGGAGUGUAUGUGGUAGUGUUAAUACCUCACGACGGUGUGAGCCUGCAUGGAGACCUGCUGGGGUUGGAGUUGGAAUGAUAUGAAGUGACAGAAUUUUGGGAUGCGUAUUUAGAGGUGUACCAGUGUUCGGGGAUGUUGCAGUGUGAUAGGAAUAGCAUCGGGGCUUAGCGAGAAUCUAUACGGAGGUCAAAGAUUAAUGAAUAGGAAGAGGCUAGGAAACCAGACCGGGACCAAGCACGUGGAGUUAAUGUAUUGUAUGGGCAUGUACUCAUAAUCCUCGAUAGGAGAGGAGAGUAGUCCUUACUGGAAUAAGGAUUAUGAUAUGGAUAUAAGCUAUCUUGAUGUUGAAAUCUGAAGAGUUAAGUGGAAAAGAGAAUGAUUUGUAUUUGGAAGUGAAAGCUCUAAGUAUUGGAUACCAUUGCUGCAGUAGCCGGGUAUGCAGACGCUUUUGAGCAUUUUUAUGGACCCAUGGAAAUGAAAUAGUACAUACAACAUAGAGCGGAAAUACAGAACAUCGUCUAGUCAAAGGGACCAUAUCAGUUAGCACCAUAUAGUUCGUUGAGUUGUUGGAACCUACAGCAAGUAGUUUUGGAGUUCACUAAGAGCGAUUUGACAUUACGGUAUUGCCAGAUUCUGAUAUCAAAGAAAAACAUCCAGGAGACAACAUUAUGAGUUGGUAAUGGACAUUACCAGUUGUAGAUGUACGAUGCCGCAAGCGUAUUAAGAUAAGCACGCGAUAGUGAUGAUCGAAGACACAAUAUUCUAUUCCACCGAAGAGUGUGAUGGUAUUUUGGAGUAGCUUGUUAUGUUUCGUGAGAUGAAGUGCUCGCUAAGUUAAUCAACGGAGAUGUGGUUGGGUACCACGCAACGGUGAAGGAAGAGACCAUGGGACAAGUUAUUGGUCGCAAUGGGCAUUAUAGUGGGCAGCAGACAUAUUUAUCAGAAUUCGAAGAGGAACUGCCAUGGUUAAAGAUAAAGAGGGUUUUAAUGGAGCUUUGCAGUUGAGAUUUGUUAGUUGAGAACAGUGGGGUGUAAGGCCGUAUAUGAUUGAUGCAAGAGUUGUAUGUGUCAAAUGGAAAUGGAACAUGAUAACAAUAUAUUUUUGUUGUUGGGUCGCCAAGGAUAUCGCAAUCAACCUAUGUGGUGUACAUGUGUGUUGAGCUUAGAGAGGAAAUAGGUUAAUGGAUCUGAUAUUAGUUGAAUCCAUGCAAGACAUUAGCUACGAGUCGAGCAAAUGGAUAUCCCCUAUGAGAAUUGUAUGAACAACCAUGUUGAAUCCCUUAUGUUGGACCAAAGUGGGGGAGAUCAGAAUCUCGAGCCUGAGAUGAUCCAGGAAACCGCUUAGCAGAUAUAAUUGUUGAUGAUGAGCUGCUUUAUGAAAGGAUAGAAGAGGUACAUGACCAUUAGAGAAUUACGUCGACAAGAGUGGUGGUGAUAUGGAAAUGCAUAUGAGAUAAAAGCAAUCUAGGGAUGAGAACGCGGUUGGAGAAUCGAUUGGGAUUUAAGAAGACGUUGGAUCUCCGUGAGGAAUAUGGAACCUGGCCUGUUGCAUGAACCAUUAGAUUUCAAAGGACGAGUUGUUAACCCAUUUGGGUUCGGGAUGUUAGAGUUGGAUUAUCGACACACGGAAUUCGGGGACGAAUUCCAUUCAAAUGGGGGAGAAUUGUAACGGCCCGGUUCCUGGCCCAAAAAUUCUCAUAAAAGAUUGGGAUUCUCUACGGCCCAUAUGGCAAAGACCUAGGGUUUCCCUUUACCUUUCCUAUAAAAAGAGAUGCAGCCUCCCUUUUGCCUCAUACAGAAACUUAAGCGAAGCUCUGCAGAGAAUUCCCGGAGACCAGAAACCCUAGCCGUCGAGCUCUCCCUUUCUCUCUUGCGCUGUCUCUCUCUCUCCCGUGCGAUGCUCUCUCUCUCCUUGCCGUCGCACUCUCUCCUCGCCGUCGCAUGCUCUCUCUCUCCUCGCCGGCGCCGUGUGGUGGUGGUGGUGACCAGAUCCCAAUCUCCUCUCCCUUGUGUCUUGUGUCUUGUUUCCAGAUCCGGAUCCAGAUCUAGGCUAAGGUGGAGUGUCUUGAACCCAUCUUAUUCUCAUGCACUGUAUACUCCUUUAUGUUGGAGUUAGGGUUGUUUAGACCCUGUUUGAAAGCUUGGAUGAUAGAACAUGAUUAUUGCUAGGAUGUUAGAUGAAUGGAUCACGAUGCAUAAGAACCCUCAUAUUGUUAAAUGGGACUUAGUAAACUGAAAUGGAGUUGUGGUAGUGAUGAUUGAUUGGUGAUUUAUGCUUGUAUGUUUGGAUGUGUAGUCCCAUGAGUGGUUAGUGAUUAAAGUUAGGAUGCUAGAGAGAAAUGAAUGCUAAGCUGAUAGAUGAGUAAUGAUUGUUAAAGUUAUUGAAGUAGAACUUGAGUGCGAUGUGUAUUGUGUGUGACACCGAUAACGGGUGGCAUCUAGUGAAUGAGUCCAAGUACAAGUCUAAAUGAAAAGGAAAGUGAAUGAGAAUGGGAAGGGAUAAGUGGAAAUGAUAAGGAUGUAAAAGGAUAAGUGAAAAUAUGAAAGAAUAAUGUUACGGUUAAGCAUGGGUGGGAAAGCAUAUAGAGUCUAAGGAAAGUAUGUGUGGCAGUAGUUCUCGCUAGGUAUCCAUAGGAGAUGUGGCGAAUCCACAAGAAUAUGGAAGCACCCAUAGGAGAUGUGGCGAAUCCACAUGAAUAUGGGGUAGAAGCCUAGUGGGAGCUACCCACUAUGAUAAGAAACGAAGUGCCAACCGCAAGAGGCGGGAUAAAAAAACGUGCAUCAUGGUUGGAUAACGGGGUGUUAAAGGUGUCUUAGGAUUGAGUCGGUCUGGUAAGACGAGUCGGUUAAGUCUAAGGUUUAACGUGUGUGGCAAUGAGUGAGAUCAUUAUAUUGAUUGAUCACUAGGUUGCUAGAAAUGUAUGGAAUUGAAUGUUUGGAAAUAAUGAUGAUGAUAUGAAAUGUUAAGAUGCAUUAACUGAUUGUAGUGGCUAGUCAGCCCAAGUUCCCGCAUAGAGUAGUAUAGAGUGUCAUGCAGGCAGGCUGGUCUAGAGUCAUUUCACUGAGUAACUUGUUGCUCAUUCCUCCAUUUCCAUAUCCCUGUGCGCAUGGCUGUAAGUAGAAGUAUAUGGAUGUGGGUGUGACGGUAUUUCAAAGAAGGUUAUGCGUCCGUCGACUCUUGGGCCAAUAACAGGACACGUAGGGUUGUCUAAAUGAGUAGACACGUGUCCAUAACGCCCUUUCGAUAACUCCGGUGGGACGCCGGGGGAUCGGGCUGUUACAACAUCACUGGUUCUUUUUUUAUUCCAACAUCUCAAAGGAUUCUCUUGAGUCUGACCAACAUAAUCUAAUCAUUUGAAAUUGUAGAUUAUGAUUGGGAUUCUCUUUCUCCUGUUUGAGUUUUACGACGACCAGCUGUUGGCUUUCAUGGUUCUAGUUCUUGUCUGGCUAUGCGAAUUAUUCACUCUGAUAAGGUUUGGUCUUUCUCUUACGCCUCAGUCACCCAUAUAUAUGAACUAUCGAGGUCUCUUACUCGUGAUAUUCUCACAAUCUAUCUUCCAAAUGUUGCAGUGUUAGGACACCAAUAUCGAUGAAGUUCUUCCCACGUUUCUUUUUGCUGUACUUCUUCGUGGUCCAUAUUUAUUUCUUCUCGUAUGCAUAUGGCUUUUCUUAUCUUGCCCUUAUGACAACCGCUGCAUUCAUGCAACACUUGAUUCUAUACUUCUGGAAGCGUUUUGAGGUAAACGUUUGAUUCCAGAAAGCUUCAAUCGAAAUGAUUUUUUAUCUAAAUAAAACACAAAAGUGGCUGGUACUGGCUCAUCAGAGAUUCCUUCAAAGCCGACAGUCACACUUUCACCAACACUGUAGGGGAUGGAUUUAAUCAUCCCACAAGGCCCAAGUAAUAAAAGGCCUGGCCCGGACCAGAGAAAAUGAUGGCUUGGGUAGUCGGCUUAAAGGGUCAAUCUCUCGGCUCGCUUCUACAGUAUCUCGAGUCAAGUGACGUCGACUAAGAGGCACCCAGCUCGGCGACCGCUCGGAUGAAUGCGGGCCUCUCGGCCCAAUAAGGAAGGCCCACGAAGACGACCUAAGUUAGGUCAAGAACGACACAUCAGAGGACUAUAUAAGGAGAAGGAAGAGGAACGAGAAAGGGAUCCGAAAUCAUCUGACUAACACUUGGCGGCUAGAUUAGGGUUUUCACCUUUACUUCAUCUUGCCGUUAUUUGUACUUUUCCGGUAGCUCUCCGAGUUACCGGCCUCUUCUCUGUCGCACUUUCUUAUCUCUCUUGUAACCGACUAAUCGUCUCUUCCGACCAUAAUAAAACGUCUUUGUUAAACCCACAUCUUCUUUAUCACCGUUUUCCGAUCAAACAGUUGGCGCCCACCGUGGGGCCUUUUUAGCAAAGUAACGUUAGUACUAUGGUUGUCAGCAACGACAGUUCUUCGUCAGGCGAGGAGCGCGAAGCUCUCGAGGUGAUGCCGGCUCCCGAGGUAACACCUACGCCUACACCAGUAACUCCGCUACCCCCUCCUGCGUCUAUGGAAACCAUCUUGGCACGCCUCGCCCUGCAAGAAGCGGCGCAGAAGGCGGCGGUCGACCAAAUCACAGCGAUAGCAAAAAUACUCGCUCCUAUCGCUGCAAACGCCGAAGCUUCAACGGCGCAGUACCGUCGACACCUGUUCGCCACUGAACGAACCACCAACGUAGCACCUGCGCGGGACAACAACAACCAGAGCGCCGGUAACAACAACCAGAGCGCCGGUAACUAUAACCAGAGCGCCGGUAACGACAUCAACGCAGACACCGCAAGCGAGCUAGCCGCGUUGAAACAGUCGGUCCUCGACAUCAACUCAAAGAUCCACCAGGUGACGACCUCGGCGCCCCAAAUCGAGCACGUACUCGCGGAAUCUCUUCGCACACCCUUCACACAAAGGGUCACCGGCGUACGGCUCCAGAAGAUGGAGAAACUUCGUCUUCCAACCGUCAAGGGUCUCUCCGACCCUUCUACUCAUGUCACGUCCUUCAACAUAGCGAUGCGACGCGCAAAUCUGACCGACGAAGACAAAGACGCCGGCUUUUGCCAACUCUUUGUCGAAACCCUAGAAGGACCGGCCCUUACUUGGUUCACAGGCCUUAGAGAAAACUCCGUCGAUUGUUUCCACGACCUCUCGACGGCCUUCCUGAAGAUUUAUAUCAUGUUCACAAACCAAGAAACGACCGUGUCCGACUUGUGGAACCUCACUCAUACCAGCGGCCAAAGCCUCCGCGACUUCAUGGAGAAGUUCAAGGCUAUCGUCUCGAAAGUUGAUAUUCCUGAUCCUAUCACUGUCGAGUCUCUGAUGAACACUUUGCACGUUGACUCCACGUUCCGUCAGGAUCUUUACCGAUACCCGACGAAAUCUGUGUCUGACGCCAUCGCUCGCUCGAACAACUUCAUCCGCAUGGAAGAAGACACAAGAGCAAAGUUUGCAAAAGAAGCAGCAGCGAAACAGCGACCCGCCCGAACAAACGACACCCGCCCUGAGCCCCGCCAGCACUCAUCCGGUGGGAACACCACUCAGAAGCGAGGCUACGUUAGCUCGGUCGGCGACGAGGAAUCGCCAAAAACAGCAGUCGUCACGCGAGAGAAAGCCUGGAACCACUGGGAUCGAGACUCCGCCUCGAAGCAAUCAAAGUCGUCCGAACCAGCGAGUUCAAACUCCGAGGAGCCAAAGAAAUGGUGCCUCUACCACAAAAGGGAUUCCCAUGAUACGAAAGAGUGCAAAGUCCUCAUCGGGCAAUUUUUCGACGGGAUCACUAACGGGACAAUUCAAAUGCCCACCUCUCCAACGACACCGAAAAACACCAAAAGUUGGAGUAAGAACAAGGAGAAGAAGGCACAGAAGUCUCAACAGAACACGGCCCCUAGCGAGGAAAGAGCGAGCCCUGAGCGCACUGCUGUCAACAACGUCGGCCCCGCCAACAAUUCAUCAGAAGACGAACAUCCGCGUCGCCGGCGACGAGUGGAAGUCAUACUCUCUCGCCCUUGUGACUCCUCUGACGACGACUCCUCGACAAUGCAACCAGAUUUACGCGACAAACUGAACAGCAAAGUCGAGCAAUCUCUCACUUCCCCGACAACAGACAAAGAUCUGCGCACCCUAUUGAAGCGAAAGAGCGCUACGAACGAACACGUAUGAAGCGCCGACCUCCGCGCGACCAUCUCAAAAUCCAGCGCCAGGAGAAUAGGUCAAAACGGCGACCUUCGCGACCAGCUCAAUUCAAAGGCCGAUGGCCUGCGAAUCCAACUCAACCGUUCAAAAGGGUCCGAUCUGCGACGACGUCUCGAAUCAAAAAAGAAAAAGCCCGCAGAAACUCUUCAAUUCGAGAACACAACCGAUGAUUUAAGGAAGCAACUCGAAUCAAUGCGAGCUACCCGCAAUCCACACAUUAGCGUAAUCAUGGGAGGAUCACCUCCUUGCGGCGACUCAGUUCGAGCUGUCAAAGACUACAAACGACAAGCCACCACCUCCAAGAAGUGGCCGCCUCCAGUCGAAAAUGAUCACCAGAUCACUUUUUCGGCACUAGAUACCAAGGGCGUCCACACGCCACACAACGAUCCUCUCCUCGUCGACCUUGACAUCGGAGAAUGCCUAGUCGCAAAAGUCCUUAUCGACACCGGCAGCUCAGUCGAUCUCAUCUUUCGCGACACACUCGACAAAAUGGGAGUCGAUUUGAGAGAUAAGAAGCCUUCCUCUCGCACGCUCACUGGCUUCAACGGGGCCUCGGAGCAAAUGAUCGGAACAAUUUGUCUUCCAGUAUACGCAGGUGGUAUAACCCGUACCGUCAAGUUCUCCGUCAUCCGAGCCAAAGCACCCUACAAUGCCAUCCUCGGAACACCAUGGUUGCAUUCCAUGAAAGCCGUUCCCUCGACGUACCAUCAAUGCGUCAAGUUUCCCGGCAAAGACGGAAAAACACAGACGAUUCGGAGAGAUCAACAAGCCGCGAGAGAACUGCUGAUUGCAACUGUAAAGAUGCAGCAACAGGCUUCCCUCGUCAACUCCGUCAGUAAACCACUCAACAAGAUAUACCCCCAGAAGGAGGAAGUUCGCGAAGUCGCAAUCGAUGAAUCCGACCCAACGAAAAUCAUCCGAGUUGGCGUCUACCUGUCCGACGACAUAUGUUCAAAGAUCAUCUCUUUCAUCAAAGACAACGCUUCAACGUUCGCCUGGAAGACCUCCGACAUGAAGGGGAUCGACCCCGCAGUUACCUCCCAUGAACUGCACGUCGACCCGACGUUCAAACCCAUCCGACAGAAGCGACGGAAACUCGGUCC